CUGCGUUGAAUCACCCGGCUAUAUUUGCUUAGCGUCGUUUUGGUUGAUCGCCAUUUUGGGGCGAUCCCCUAUUAAAUUCACACUUAAAAACGAUAGACAUAUUUGGAUUUUAUGUGUUUAAAAUAGGUAAUAUUUGGGAUAGAUUGUGUGAUUUAGGUUACAAGACUAGAAGUAUAAAACAGUCCCAUGCACCAGGAGUGAUGGAAAUGUACCUGUUAAUUAGUAUUACCUGUUUAAUAGCUGGUACUAAUGGCAUUGACAGAGAUUUUCCCCCAAUUAUUAAAGAGCCAAUUGUAUCGCAGACUAAAUAUGAACAAGCGGGGGCUGAAGUCAUAAUGGCAUGUAAAGCAGACGCUAACCCUCCGGCUGAAUAUGAGUGGAAAUGGAAUGGGGACAAAAUAUUAAAUAAUGAACAUAUAGAAGAGGAUAGUAAUAGCGGUGAAAUUAGAUUCAAAUCGCUAACUCCGAGAGAAAUGGGUGACUUCCAGUGUUACGCUUAUAAUCGAAUUGGGGGUAAAAUUAUAAAAGCGGCUUCAGCCAUUAUAACAGUCGAGGUAGCUUAUUUAAACAGCUGGGAAACUAAUGAAGAUCUGCCUCCGAGAAUAUCUGUCGAGGAAGGUGAACCGGUUAAACUGACAUGCGAUGACACACCUUCUCGUAAUCCACCUGGACAGUUUAAAUGGUAUAGAGGUGACGAAGAUGGUGGCGAAGUUAUACAAGAUAAAAGAAUAGCUAUAGAUGCUGAGGGAAGUCUUCAUUUCGCCUACGCAUUGAAAGCAGUUGAUUUAGCCGGAGAAGAGUAUAAAUGUGCCAUCUUUAUUCGUGAACUGAAUUCCAUCAAUUUAGGCAGUGGGAAGAUUUUAGACGUUAAAGAACUAAAUCCGAUACCUGAGCGAAAACCAAACGUUGUCUAUUACAAGGAAAUCCAGAAAGCUCUGGUCGGAUAUGAUGUUGAUAUUGAGUGUGUAUUCAGUGGCUAUCCCUUGGCAACAAUAACAUGGAAAGAUAAAGAUCAACAAGAAAUCCCAACGAAUGGUAGAGGUAGAUACGAAUUUAUUGAGGAGUCACACAGAAUUUUAAGAAUUAAUAAGGUAGUUGAAACGGAUGAAGGAACCUAUACAUGUAGUGGUACAAAUAAAGUUGGUAGUGAUGACAGAUCAACUUUCUUAAACGUUACAUCACGACCAAUAUGGGUCAAGGCUUUGUCGACACUGACCAUAGUUGAAAAAAGAACUGCUCCAAUGACGUGUAAAACGCGUCCGAGUAUCAGGGAGGGGCCUAAUUCACCCCCAGAAUGGUUUGAAAAUGGCGACCCAAUAUCGCAAGUUAAAUUUAACAGUGGGAAAUAUGUGUUAGAGGAUAACGGUCAGAUAUUGAGGGUAAAUGAUCUUGUAAAACCAGAUGAUAUCACAUGUUACCAGUGUAAAGUUACCAACUCUGAGGGCUUUACUUUUGGUAGUGGAUGUCUGGACGUUAUAGAGCCUAUUGAAAUUAUUAAACAUCCAGAAGGGACUCAAGUGAUAAAGAAAGGCGAUAUGGUAGAUUUGACAUUCAUAGCCGAGUCCGAUCCUGCCUGGACCCUUUAUGACAAGUGGUAUUUCAAUGAUGAAGCGUACCCGAACAGACCGCCUUUUGUAACUUACAACGAAACUGCCAAUACAGCUUAUAUAAACACAGAGAGUUUAACGGAUGAGGAAUACGGAAAAAUUUUCGGUGUUUACACCAGAGAAAUAUUUCAUCAACAUGAAAGGAAGAAUAUCUCAACGCUUGUUCAAGAAAAAGAUAAGGAAGAAUUUGUCCGAGGCAGCAGUCCGUUUAAUUGGUGGAACCUAUUGUAUAUACUGCUUGCUUUAGUAAUUCUGGCUAUCAUAGCUAUUAUUAUUUACUGUUGUUGUUGUGGUAAAACCGAUUAUAACGUUGACGAGAAAGAAAAGGGUUUGUGGGAUGCACCCAAAGAGGAACUCAAAUAUUAUGAAUUUCCCGAUUUACCCCAGGCAGAGAUCAAUGGCGUUGAACCCAAGAGACAACCGUUACAGUUAACAGACGAUCCGGUCAACUUCGAAGAUGACGAGAGCUUGAAUUAGUACGUUGAUGGGGAAGAUAUUGGAAAGUUUAACGAAGAUGGGUCAUUUAUUGGUGUUUAUAUGGACCAGAAAAGAGAAGAGUCCCCACCAGCAUACCAAAGCCAAAGUAAAGUAUAGUGAACAUACACCCCCCACCCCCCAGCAACCAAUAAGAUCUAGUAUUUCUUGGCAUGUGACAUAUUUUGAGAAAAUUUUAAUUUUUUUAUAACCAACUGAUCGUCUGAUAAAAAACAUUGAAGGGCUAGACCGUGGCUGUGAUAUCAUGUCUGUUUACAUCCUGAUUUUUCUGUCUCAAAAUCACGACUAUUCAUUAAAACAUGGCAGAAAAUUCAAUUCAAGAAUCCUUAUUCCUUUAUAGACUAAAAAGAAGUAACCAAAAUUACCAUACAAAACACAAGGAAGGGUGAAAAAUGAGAAAUAUAAAAAUGCUUUAAUCCAAAUAUAAGCUGUUUGUUUCAGCGACGUGUUUUUCCAUUUUCAUGAAUAAAAAUCAUCUUAUAUGUUUUAUUUUAUUGUAAUGCUUUAUAAUUAUGCUUCAUUUGAUAUAUUGUUUAUAGUAUACCAUUGCUUCAUAUUUCUUUUAAUAUAUUUAAAGAUAGGUUUCAUGUUUGAGACAGCGUAUAUUUGGCUACAUACAUCAAGAAUACAGCUUAAUUUUAGUAAAUCUAAUUAAAAAAAUAGCUACAUUCAUUAUAUUAUAUAAAUUUUUUCUAAUCCGCAAACGACAGUUGUUUUAGUAAUACACGUGCGAAAUGUAUGAAUCUUGUUGCAUUGUUUUACUUUUGAAUUUGACUUUAUUAUAUUCCGCAAACGAUUGUUGCCAUCUUUCAAUUUUCAUUUUGACAUUAUGAUUUAUGUAUAUUACUAUUAUGCGUUAUGCCACAAAGACUAAUUUUAUACCCUCCGUGUUCAAAUGUAUGUAUUCCUGUUUUGUUAUACACGUGCGAAAGGUGUUUGUCAUUGUGGCCAACUUUUAUUUUUUUUUUAUUUUGACAUUAUUAUUUUUGAAUAACUUUUAUGUGUUAUGCCACAAAGACUAAUAUUAUACCCUCCGUGUACAAAUGUAUUUAUUUCUGUUUUGUUAUACACGUGCGAAAGGUGUUUGUCAUUGUGGAAAACCUUUGGGUUUUUUUAUUUUGACAUUAUUAUUGUGACAUUUAUCUGCUAUGCCACAAAGACUAAUAUUAUACACUCCGUGGUAAUUUUGAAAUAAACAACUUUUAUAUUUUCAUUUGUA